AUGAGAGGAGUACCAAGAUCGAGUAGUCGGAUGAGCAUGAGCAGCAAGACUGGAGGAAGUCGAGCUUCGGACGAAGAUGGUAAAACUGCUGUCAAAGUCGCUGUGCGAGUUCGACCACCCCUCCGACCAAACGAUCCUGGCUACGAUCUCAUUCCACAAAGAUUUCAACGACCUAUGGUACAGGUUAAUUCACCCACGACCCUAGCGAUUGAUUCUCCACAGGGAAAGAAGAUAUUUGUGUUUGACAGAGUAUUCAGUGAAGAUGUGGACCAGGAAGGAGUUUGGGAAUACUUGGUAGAAAGCACAAAUGCCUUCAUUCAAGGAUAUAAUGUCUCUAUGCUGGCAUAUGGACAAUCCGGCGCUGGGAAGUCCUUUACAAUGGGUACAUCCGGUCCAGGCGAGCAAGGAAAAUCCGAGGUUAUGGGUGUGAUUCCACGUGCGGCCAUGGCAAUAUUUGAGAAACUCGGCGUCGGGAAACCGCAGCACUCCAAUCGAAGCUCCAUGACUGGUCUACGAGCACCCAAGAGGUAUUCCACGAUUCCUGCUGCUGUGUCUGCGGAGGACAAAACUUGGACUCUCAAGGCAACGUAUGUCGAAAUUUACAAUGAGCAGCUGCGAGAUUUGUUAGUUCCCGAACAUACACCUCCUCAUGAACGAGAGGUGGUCAAUAUUCGAGAGAACACCAAAGGUCAUAUUCUUCUUACAGGAUUACACCAGGUAGAGGUCAAUACGGUGGAAGAUCUCAUGGCCGCACUCAAUUUCGGAUCUAUGAUUCGCCAGACUGAUGCAACCGCGGUCAACGCCAAAUCUUCACGAUCUCAUGCUGUGUUCAGUUUAAAUCUGGUCCAGCGCAAAACCAAAGGGACACAAGGCGCCGAAAAGAGAUUUUCCGUUCCACUAGAAGCCAUGACUGGCGCAGACGUGGUCACAAUUGACAGCAAAUUCCAUUUUGUCGAUUUAGCUGGCAGUGAGAGAUUAAAAAAUACCGGCGCACAAGGAGAAAGAGCCAAGGAAGGUAUUUCCAUCAACGCUGGUUUGGCUAGUUUGGGCAAGGUUAUAUCGCAAUUGUCAUCCCGACAAUCCGGAUCCCACGUGUCGUACCGAGACUCAAAGCUCACCAGAUUCCUCCAGGACUCACUUGGAGGUAACGCGAUCACUUACAUGAUUGCAUGUGUUACGCCGGCAGAAUUUCACCUCAGUGAGACUCUGAACACAGUUCAAUAUGCUCAACGCGCCCGUGCCAUUCAAAGUAAGCCUCGAAUUCAACAAGUUUCAGAUGAAAGCGAUAAACAGGCUGUCAUCGAUCGCUUGAAAGCCGAGGUCGCUUUUCUUCGGGAUCAGAUUAGCAACAGUGAAAGCGGGGGUGAUCGUCGUAGCAAGCCCACGAGUGAGAGGCCCGAGCGACAAAACGAACGAGAAGUGGAACUGCAUAAUCAGCUACUAGACACGCAGGAAAAUUACACGGCUCUUAGCAAACGACAUGCUAAGCUUAUAUCGGAGUUGGCUAGAGCUCGGGAUGAGGAAGUUGCUGAUAACCAGGCUCAUGAAAAUACGUUGGGUGACAGUGCCACAGAGAGACUAAAACGCUCGAACUCAUUCGCCGAAGCGGUUGAACAAGUGGUCCUCGAAUACGAAAAGACAAUUCAAAGUCUUGAGCAUUCCCUCUCCAGCACUCGAUCAUCUUUAGCGAAUACCGAAACUCAACUUCUGGAAAAGGAGACCAAGUGUGCUUAUGCUGAGACGGUCAAUCAACAACUUCAAGCACGCUUACAGAAAUUGGCCGAUCGAGAGGCUAAUACCGAAAGUUAUCUACAUGACCUAGAAACGAGGCUUGAAGGCCAUACUUCGGGCGAAGACAAAAAUUCGGCAAUCGUAAUGGAGCUCCGCAAAGAGAUUGCUCGCGUUCGCGAAAAUGAGGCUACAUCUGAAGAUUACAUUUCAACCCUCGAGGAACGUUUAGCGGAGGCCGAUCAAGAUUCGGAGAUGAUGCAACGUGAAAUUGAGCGAUUGGAGCACGUUAUUGAACGCCAACGGAGUCUCGGAAAAUUGGACAGCCUGCUCUAUGAUUUAGAUCAGAUUCAGCAUGACGGAAAAAAUGGAGACGAGAAAAGAGCCAUGAGCAGUAAACGAUCCUCGUCUAUUGACAUGAACAGCCGCCGACAAAGCCUUGCAAGUAGGAGAAACCAAAAUAAUGUCAUUCUAGAGACCGACAAUGAGAGUGACGAGGAUUUUUCGGUGAGCCCCGCAAGUGGCAAAAGACCUGAAACUGAUGGCCCCGCCGACCAUGGAGAAUCUAUUGAGCUCGGAACUCCCCUGCAAUCGCUGAGUGAGGAGAUUGGUAGUCAAUAUUCACCUCAAAGCCCAGCCCAAUCAAAGUUUGUUGAGGAUAAGCUCGAAAGCGUUACUCAAGAACUAGUUGACCUAAAAGUUGAACAUGAAGCUACCGUUGGCGAGUAUGAUCUUCUUUCAGCUAAAUAUGAGGAGGCUCUUCGUACAUUGGCCGAACUUCAAGACGCCGUUGACGAAGCCCGCCAUCCUGUUGCACGUGAUCCUUUGUCGUUGGCUCCGACACCGACAUCAGCUUCUUUUUUAGCAGACGCGAGGGUGAACGAGCUAAGGGGUGGAGGACAAUACUCAUCCUCGCGAUCGCUCUCAUCGGAAUUGUCCUCAGCUGGGGGAUUACGCACUACCACAGAACAAUCUGAUGCCGAAGCCGUGAUAAAAAAUUCGGAGUCAGUGGCGACCUCGGAGCAGGCCAGUGACACGACAAGUACAGCGGAUGUUGAAAGUUUGAGAAAGUUAGGCGCCGAGCAAGAAGAGGCACAAAUGGUGCUUGCCGAGAAAUACGCCCAAUUAGAGGAAGAACACAUAGCAGCUCUCGAUCGUAUGGAGGAGCUAAAGGCGGAAGUAUCAAAGGCGAGAAUGAAUGCCGAAGCUUCGUCACCACGCUCAGUCACGCCUGUUAUACGUCGCAAAUCGAGUCAAAACGUUAUGAUUAUCGAUCGAGCUCACAGAUCAUUCGCCUCUUUAAGAAAUAUUGCAGCCGACAAUUUUGAGGAUAACCCCGACAUUAUGGCCAACUUCGAAUUGAAUUUGAACACUGCAAUGCACGAAUUGCAUACUCGUUCGGAGCGAAUUCAGGAACUUGAAGCGGACAUUACUACGGUCAAGAAGGAGUUAGAUACCAAGACAACUAUAAUUAGUGGGCUUGCCAGAGAGAGAUCGAGCAUGAAGGCAUCGCCAAUGGAUAUGUCGGUAGUCUCGACUAUGCAGGACCAAAUAAUCAAUUCUGAGAAUCAAGUAAGGAUGCUCCAGGAAACUCACAGUGCUCGUGAAAAGGAGCUACUGCAACAAAUAGAAUCUCUCAGGAAUUCUGCCAACGCACGCCCUAUAGUGGAUGGCGACUCUGUCAACAAAGAAGCCAGUGGAACGGAUGGUGAUCAUGAAGGUAAAGUUGCAGAACUGAAAGCAGAAGUUGCCAACUGGGAGAGAAGGCAUCAGACGGCCUUAACUUCCAUGCAAAGUUCUCAAGAUGCACUCGAGACUACGAUAUCUGAGUUGGAACGACAAUUGUCAAGUCUGACUACUAGUGGAGAUAAGAGGACCCGCGAAAUUGAAGAUCGCCAGACUCAUGCUGCAAACUUGCAAAGAGAGGUUGACGAACACAAAGCAGCCGUUGCCGCGAAUAUCGCGCAAAUUGCCGAACUCCAGCAAGCUCAUGCAUCAACACGUGAACAACUUGAUGAAGCCAUUCAAUCAAGAAACAUCACAUCUGCAGAGAUGGAGGGACACAAGAUGCUUGUUGCUCGGCUUGAAGAGCAGAUUGUCGAGCAUGAAAACAUUGUCAAGGCUCACCACGAAGGACUAAGUCUCUUGCAUGCGAACCAUGCUAAGGAGAUUGAAGAAAUCCGCUCAAGAAGCAAGGCUGACCAUGAUGCUCAAAUAGGCGAGUUGAAGGCUAAACAUCAGGAAAACAUUGAUGCACUGUCAAGAGAGCUCUCUGAUGCCCGUGAUGAUCUGACAAAGAUCGCCACGCAAGUUGCUUUUGCACUUGGAGUUGACGUGAGCACAGAGAAGCUUCAAGAUAGAAUCACAGAUCUUAUUGCCAACCAGAAAGCUCUUUCCGAUGAAGAAAGUAGAGCGGGCGAACUUGAGAAGUACACCGAAGAGCUCUCGACGAUUAAUCAAAGCGUUAUGAAGGAGCUCGAAACUACCAAAGCCGAACUGGCUAGUCUUCUAGCCGAAACCGCCGACGGUUCUAGACUGAAGGAUGAAAAUGCUACAGUCGCAGAUCAAUUGGCCGCUUUGAGGAAGGAGCUUCACGACCUCGAGACCAAGAACAAGAAGAACUCAAGACUGGUAGAGGAGCUUGAGGACCAAUUGGCUUCAAACUUUGAUGAGCACCAAGCUGCUAACAAUCGCCUCUCUACGCUCCAAACAGAGCGCAACGCUCAAUUGGACGAAGCCAAUGCGAAUGCUCUCCGUGCCCAGACCGAGUUGGACGCCAUCAAGGAGGAAUUCGCCACUCUUCAAGCUAAAUAUGACGAGGUUAUGCAGUCUGACCUGAAUAAACAGCGUUCCAACUCGAUGACUUCGCGGCUCCACAAGUCCGCAUCCGUGACAUCACUUCCAUCACCACCCCCCGCAAUCCCCUUACCGCCACUACCCGGCAUUGCAGGAACAGCACAGAUUGGCCCAGCUCCUUCAACAUCACCAGUCCCACCAACACCCACUCAAGGUAGCUUCAAUAGCCGCAAUAGCAAAGACAUAGCUGCAACUCAAAUCCAAGAGGAUCAAGAAGCUCGUAUCCGCACUAUUGAAAAGCACUUAUUCGCUGAGAAGCAACUCACAUCCACGCUCGAAGAGGCUCUCACAGAUCUCGAGAGACAAAGCAACAAGGUCAAAGCCGAUUGUGAUGCAUGGCGAAAACGUGCCAACGAACUGGAAUCGGAACUGAAAGCGGCUGAAGAAAAAGCCAAGAAUGGUGAUGCGGAGAAGGAGAAUCGUUGGAGCUUGAUGCAAGUUGAAGAAGAGAAACGCAAGAGAAAAGAGGCAGAACUCGCUAGAGCUCAUCUUGAAGAACGUAUGAAUGCUCUGAGUAGCAAGAAAAAGAAGAAGGGCAGUUUGAAUUGUUUCUAA